UGUGGGUGGACAGAGUCUGAGCUGUGUGAUACAGUGAAGGCAUGGAGCGGCUCCCGGCAUGCAGUGCGGCUGUCAGAGGGCGCUGUGUACACUGAGCGGAGCCUGAGGAUGAACUUCUUAGUGGCGUAUGAUGAUUCUGAUUCAGACACAGAAGAUGGUGGACAGCCCCAUGAGCCUCAAGUCACGGAAGCUCGUCCUGUGCAUCCGGUGUUGUUGCAGCAACAAAGUGACGCUACCCCACCCCCGCCUGGUCUGAAUACUUUAGGGGGAUCCUCAUCUUUUGGCAAAGACUUCAGUCUGACUGAUAAAUGCCUUGUGUCCUAUACUAAGGAUAAUUCUACAUACAAGGGAAUUAGUAAUUCCCCCAUAAAGAUGCCUGUCCUACCCGCUCAGAAGAGACCUCUGCCAAGCACUGGAGGGGUUGUGAAGCCUUACGUUCCCAAAAGACUAAGGCAGGAGCAAACCAAUAUGGCCGCUGAGGUUCAUUGUGACACAUCCGUAAAGUCACAUGACCACAUCAGCCACUCGGCAAAGAAAAUUUACAGAGUCUCCGAGUACCUUGGACCUCAUUUAUCUGUGAAAUACGGCAGCAGCGGAAUUCCGAAAAAAGUUGUAUUUGAGAUGAGGGAGCAUGCGGGCGCUGUGAACCGCGUCCAGUGGUGUCCUGUAAAGCAGUACAGCCACUUACUACUCUCUGCGUCCAUGGACGGAACGUGCAAGGUGUGGGAUGCAAUUGAUUCUGGUAAAUCUCUUUGUACCAUUUCUUGCCACCGGGCAGCAGUACGUGAUGCACAGUGGUCGUCCUGUGGCAGGAAGAUCCUCACCGGGGGCUUUGACACCUUCCUACAUUUAACUGAUGUAGAAACAGGGAAAGACCUGUUCACUGCCAAGAAUGAAUGCAAGAUUAGCGCCAUCCGGUUUCACCCGCAGGAUCAAAAUCUGUUUAUCUGUGGCGGUUUUUCUCCUGUGAUAACGGCCCAUGACGUCCGGAUGGGUAAGGUUAUCAAUGUAUAUAAAGCAGCUGUUCAACAACACUUUGACCUCCUCUUCCUUCCUGAUGGUAAAGAGUUUUUGAGCACCACGGACUGUGUGAGCCGAGACUCUGCGGACCGUACGAUCAUCGCCUGGGAUUUCACCACCACUGCCAAAGUCUCCAACCAGAUAUUUCAUGAACGAUACACCUGUCCGAGCCUGGCCCUGCACCCGAAGGAGAGCGUGUUUGCAGCGCAGACAAAUGGAAACUACAUUGCUUUAUUCUCUGCUCAGCGUCCAUACAAAAUGAAUAAGAAAAGGAGGUUUGAAGGACACAAGGUGGAAGGAUUUGCCGUAGGAUGCCAGUUCUCUCCCGACGGAUCCGUCAUCGUAACCGGGAGUUCUGAAGGGAACGUUGUCUUCUACAACUAUCACACCUCCAAGAUCAUCAGGACUUUUCCCAGCCAGGGCAGCGCCUGUGUACGUAAUAGCCGAAAUACUUGCGGGGGUGCACAGAUCUGUAGGAUUUGGUAUCGUUUGAAGUUACACGUUUAGGUGCAGCCCAGCAAUGAACGAUCAAGUGAGAGCGCCGCCUGUGGUCGCUAAGGUAUAUGCACUUGCACUCCGAGGGUGUUGCUCCAAACUGUGGACCUCCAGCUGUUGCAACACUACAACUCCCAGCAUGCCCGGACAGCCGUUGGCUUUCCGGGCAUGCUGGGAGUUGUAGUGUUGCAACAGCUGGAGGCACACUGUUUGGGAAACACUGCUCUAAAGCAGUGAUCCCCAACCGGUGGCUUUCCAGCUGUUGCAAAACUAUAACAACCAGCAUGUUAGGAAUUGCAAUUUUGGUCAGUAGGUGAUCUCUCCUCUAGGGGGAGCUCACUGCAUACAUAUUUAUACUGCACCAAUUAAGUUUACAACUAACCGGUAUAUAUCCAUAUGUAGAGAGCUCCCCCUAGUGGUGGCUGCAGUCAGCCAGAUUUUAUUAUUUAUCAGAAUAUGAGCACAGAAUUUAGAGAAUAUCGGACAUUAAUGAAAGGAUGGAGCAGCAGGGAGGUCAGGGGUCACCCCACACAUAAAGGCAGAAUCAGGCUGGGAGUUGUAGUUUUGCAACAGCUGGAGGUCUGCAUUGUGGAGACCACUACACUAGGAGUUUCCUUGUUUAAGGCGAAAUUCUCCGUCUGUGUCAGCAAGAAUUUACAGCAGCAAGAGUUGUCCGAGCUAAGAAAUGUCUGCGUUUAUCUGUGACCUAAAUGGUGAAGCCUUAGACAGGAUAAAUUCUGUUUAUAUAUAUCUCUGUAUAAUGUAUAUAUGUGGUGCUGGUCGCCUCCUUCUAGACGUUCCGUGUAGGUGGCUUUGCUCUUUUUAUUUUAUUGG